CUUGUCGCCUUGGUAACGGAAAAGGAGGGGGCUCACGGCCAGAGGGAAGGAGAGGUACCCGGACUCCUCUUUACAUGAGCGUUCCUGUUAUUGUUAUCAGUGUGGUGAAUAGAUAUUACGGCUUCUCGAAUUCAGAGCGCCUGUAGGUCGCCCGCUGUCUCCACGAGCUCGUUUGGUCAGGUGAACGGGAGCUGACAUGUCAGACAUCGUUCCUCCAGAGGUUAGACCCAAACCAGCUGUCCCUGCCAAACCCCCAAACGUGGGGGCUCCUUCUCCUUCUAGCCCCUUCCCACCCCAGGGCCUGGGUGUCGGAGGAGGCGGCAUCUCUGCUCCCCCACCGAGCGCCAUUCCAGUUCCCAUUGGAAGUCAUGGUCCGAGCCAUGGUGGCAGUCACAGCGUGGGUCAUGGCAUAGGACACAGCGUUAGUCACGCUGGAAGUCACGCUGCACCACACAGCGGCGGUCACGGUCAUGGUGGCUCCCACAGCUCCAGCGGGGGAUCCACUCUGCUGGGAUACAUUGGUAUCGACACCAUCAUUGAGCAGAUGAGGAAGAAGACCAUGAAGACGGGUUUUGACUUCAAUAUCAUGGUAGUAGGUCACAGUGGUCUGGGAAAGUCAACCCUGGUGAACACCUUAUUCAAGUCCCAAGUGAGCAGGAGGAGUGCAGGAUGGGCUCGUGAUGAGAAGAUCCCCAAAACUGUGGAGAUCAAGGCAGUGUCUCAUGUUAUUGAAGAGGGUGGUGUGAAGAUGAAGCUGACAGUUGUCGACACUCCGGGCUUCGGAGACCAAAUCAAUAACGACAACUGCUGGGAGCCCAUCUCCAAAUACAUCAAUGAGCAGUAUGAGAAGUUCCUGAAGGAGGAGGUCAACAUCACCAGAAAGAAGCGAAUCCCGGACACCAGGGUGCACUGCUGUCUCUAUUUUAUCUCCCCAACCGGACACUCUCUUCGACAGCUAGAUACUGAGUUCAUGAAGCGCCUGAGUCACUCGGUCAACAUUAUUCCCGUCAUUGCCAAAGCAGAUACACUGACCAUUGAGGAGAGACAGGAGUUCAAGCAGAGGGUAAGGAAGGAGCUGGAGAUGAGCGGGAUUGAAUUUUACCCACAAAAAGAGUUUGAUGAUGACAUGGAAGACAAGAGUGACAACGAUAAAAUCAGAGAGGCGAUGCCCUUUGCUGUGGUGGGGAGUGACAAAGAAUAUCAAGUGAACGGCAAACGGGUUCUGGGGAGGAAGACAGCGUGGGGAAUUGUGGAGGUUGAAAAUCCAAACCAUUGUGAGUUUGCUCAGCUGAGAGAUUUUCUGAUCAGGUCUCACCUGCAGGAUCUGAAGGAAGUCACUCAUAACAUUCACUAUGAAACGUACCGUGCCAAGAGACUGAAUGAGAACGGAGGUCUGCACCCCAUAUCAUCCGCUGAUACCCAGGAGAGCAACCUGUAGUCAGAGAGAGAGUGAAAACAAUGAGUCCAAUAGAUGAAUCUACAAAAUACUAUAAUCCUUAUCACCACAGCAUUGCUGCAUGCGUGGAAAAGAAAAUUAAUGUGUUAAGAAUUGGUGUCAUUUAAUCCCCAAACUCCACCCAUCCUUUUCUUCAUAUUCUUCCCCACCAAGCAUAUCAAACCCCUCUGUUACCAUUUUCCAUUCAUCCCAGUGAGUCUUUGGAGGAAAGACAUAAUGUAAAAGAGACUUAGUGCCGGUAACGUUUUUUCCACUGCCAGCGCCUUUUCUCAUUGUUCAGAGUGUACAUGGAAAGUGCUCGUGUCUCUCGUGUACGGGAGGCUGAUUUUUAAGCCUGUGUGUUGUGUAGCAACUGACAGCCGAGUUUAGGCAAACAAAGUGAUUUGCUCUAAAUAUUAAAAUCAUAAUUCCUGUGUAGCAACGGUGCAUUAGCCGGCUCUGCGGCUGGCUCUGUUGAAAUUGCCGAUUUUAAAUUCUGAGCAGCAGCUGUUCAUUUAAAGGAAAAAUCCCAGCGGCUUUACUGUCAAGAGGGUUUAACGAACAUUACAAGCUGUGCUGCCUUCUUUAAUAACCGAGUCCACGAAGGAAAAUAAUGAACUUUCUUUUGAGAGUUGCAGCAUUAGUCACAUGUAAAAUGCAGUUUAUAAGGAGUCCACAUGGUGAGUGACUGCUCGCUGCCGAUUCAGUGAUUCACGGUAACAAACACAAAUUUAGCUGUUCAUGCAGAUGCAGCUCACCGUGUUUUGUUUCAGCACAGUGCUCAUACAGGAAACUGCAUCUGUGUUCACUUGCAGCAAUGAGCUGUGCUCUUGGAGUUCCACCAUGCAUAUUUUAUCAAGGUUCAGACUGAUUUUUGUUAGAUGUUUCCUGUUUAAAUAGUUGACAGGCAAUAGAUGCAGGAAUUAUAACAAAUUGCAUAUACAAGCUUUCCCAGCUGGAAUGACUUGUUUUUGGUCUUUGAGAGCCACUACUAUCAGUGCAAACGUUGUUUUGUUUAAAUAUUUUUGGUUGUUGUUUUUUUCUUUAUCAUUACCAUUCAUGGCAAGUAGCCAUUCAAUAAAAUAUUAUAUUAAACCCGAAAGAAAUCCCA